UUCAAAAUGAUCAAACUGUAUUUGACACAGGAUGUAAAAACAUCUUUUAGAUGAUACCAAUUGUUGGAAACUUGGAAUUGUUCAAAAUGCACUUCAAAUUUGUAUGGCAUGGUGUUUUCAACCAAAAUCUACAAAUUUGCAGGGGAAAUUCUGUCCCCAAGCUUCAUUAAAACAUCCAGUAAAAUUAGAAAUGGUGUCUCUCAAAUCAAUGAAGUAUUAUUGACAUGUAAAUAAUAACAAAUAAUCAAUAUCCACUAGCAGCGGCUCCAGUGGCAAAAUUAGCUGCGCCGAAGGAUCAAUUUUGGUUAAAUUUACAAACUUGAAAGACCAAAUCAAAAAUUUUUUUAGUUUAAAAACUAAUUUAAAAUUAAAGAUAUAUUAAUCUAAAAAUGCUCGCAAAACCAGAGGGGUACAUCAAAACCAUUAAACAUUUAAACCCCUAAAAAAAAAAAAAAAACAUGUCCUAACCUUUUGGGUGUAAAACCCCGUGCCGUAUUAGCAUGCUCUAACUUAACCUCUUUUGCCACCAAACCCAUGUUCCUGUAGCCGUACAGCUUACGCCUACUUUUUUUUGGUUUUUUUUUUGGUUUUCCGUCCGGCUCGAACUCGAGACUUGCUUAAGCUGGAACAAACCACUUACCACUUUAUCCAACCCCUCGUUGGUAGCUUACGCCUACUCUACUGUCCCUACUCUACUGUCCCUAAAGAGAUGCAUCAAUCACACGGUGAUCCAGCAACGGAGAAAGUCUAAACAAAGGCCACAGUUUCUUCCGGACGGGGGCCGCUCCUCCUACUGUCGGUGUCUAUCUCUAAGCCUCGACCUAGACCAUGGACCACGUGUACGGCCACAAUAGACCGAUAACCAAAAGCAAACAGAUCGUCCCCGCCGUCCGAUCACUUCCCUCCCAGUUCUAUCUUAUCCCUCCCGAGUUUCCGACCAAGUCAAAAUUGCAGCCGCGCCUCACCUUAUCACAUCUCUUCUUCUUCUCCUGGACUCCAACCCCACUUCAAAUUCUAGUUUUAGAAAUCCGUUCAAAUCCGUAAAUAACCCGAAGAAAAAGUAACCAUGUUUAUCUCAUUCCACGUGGCAAACCUUUUAGCCAAAGAAUUAACGCCACGUGGAAAUGCUGUCCCCCAACAACCAACCCCUAAUUCCCUAAUGAAGAAAAAAAAAAUUUUUUUAAGGGAUUUUAAAUAAAAAAAAAAAAAAAGUUAACAAUUACUAACAUUAGUAGUCUCCGUCUCCGUGUCUGCCAUUGCUGCUUCCAUUCAGAUGAUUUGUUUUGGUUCUCUCCUGUAUACUACUGUGUAAAUUCCCGUUAUCUUCUUCUUAUUAAUUCCCCGUUCAUCAAUCUUUCACUGAGAGCAAGCGGAGAUGGACGCAGGAGCGCAAUACAAUCCAAGGACGGUGGAGGAGGUGUUCAGAGAUUUCAAGGGCCGCAGAGCCGGCAUGAUCAAAGCCCUGACCAGUGGUCUCUUUCCGCUUUCCAUUUUUCAAUUCUUUGUGUUUUCUCUGAAUUUUCGGUUUUUCUUACAUCAACUCGGGAUUUAGGGUUUUUCAAUGGUUUUUAUUUCUCUGCUUUUUUCUACAGUUUAAUUUGUACUAAUUCACUUGCUUUUUGCGUUUAUGUUGUGGUGCGCUGUUGCAGAUGUUGAAGAAUUUUAUCAUCAGUGUGAUCCUGGUUAGUAUUUCUUUUUCUCUUCAUCUAUUGGCUCAUUUAUUCCACCGUGCUACUGUUUGGUGCUGUGAGUUGUAGUUUUUCUGUGCAAAAGCUUUCGGUUUAAAUUUGCAAUAUUUCGUGGUGAUUGAUGAAGUUCAUAUUUGGGUGUUAGUAGCUUGAUCUUGUUUCAUUUCUGUAAAAGGAUACCCUUAGGAAAAUUCACACGAAAAAUUUUGCUCCUAUCUUUAAAAUAUUCUAAGUUUUAUUUUUUCUGCUCUUGAGCUAGUUGAAACAGGUGGACGUUCCAUGCAUGCUCUCAUAUGAGAGCUUGAGAAACUAAUAGGAAAUUAUUUUUGGCAAUUAUGCUUCUUGAAG